CUGAGGGAAGCAUCUGCUACGUACCCGACCCAAUUCCUCUCUGUAUAUUGCAUGUGUUAGUCGAGGCUUCUCGUUCACGAGUGUCUGGGAAAGUGUAAACAGAUCAUAUCAACGGAUUCAGUCAUUUUACGCGAUCUUAGUCUGCGAGGAAAUCAAGUAGCAGAAAAUGCUCUGAAGAAAAUUAUAUCGUUUUAUUACUUUCCAUUUAUGUCAAAUUUGGCCUGGCGUGAAAGUGGAGCACGUGCGUCUUGUGUAAGACGUAGUACUACAAUGGCUCUAUAAGCAGCCUGUUAGAAAUUCAUUUGCAAAUUUUAAAGUGCUGUUUACUGAUCUUCAUUACCCUGAGUAAUUGCUGGGAAAUUAGAUAUUCCUUAACAGUUUACUGAUAAACGCCACGAUGUUUGGUCCUGGGGACUGGCGUCCACGCCCAAGAGUUACAGCGGCAUCAAGAUGACAUAAUUUCAAAACUCAUCCACCGAUGUUUAUGUCUGUGUGAUGCAAUGUUUUUCAUUAUAAAUAAAUAAAUAAAUAAUUAUAUAAAUAAAGUGUCUUCACGAGGAUCUCUUUCCGACGAUUCUGAUCAAAUAUAUUUAGCUUUUUUACUGAUACCGUUGCACGAGAAAAUUAGAAUGACUUGAGCUAUUAUGUUAAGGCUGAAAUAGAAAUUGCUUUAAUGUAUAUAAAUAUAUUGGGAGAAAUAAUGUAAGUUUUUGUGAACCUACAAAAUUAAUGAUAUUAGCAAAAUCUCAAGACUCUAAUGACAGUGAAUCACUAUCAAUGCUUGCCGAAGUUUUUCUCUAUGCGGAUAAAAUUAGCUGUGAAAUAUGAAGAAUCCAGAUAUUACUUCCGAAAAUGAAACAUGAAAAGUAAGUGGAGGAAAGACGACGGUGAUAUUUACUGACUUUUCUAAGAUUUGUAAUUCCUGAGGACAUUUUGAAAAUCAUUCAAAGAGCACUCUUCCAACCAAUCGAGUUCCUUUCGCUGCUUCUCAUGACUCAUCUCGUGAUUCGGUCGUGUCAUAUUCAAGGUGGCUGAGGAUGGGAAAGUGCAGCUGGGACGGCUUCAUUGGGAGUGUCAAGUUAGUCAUCACCUUCGCCUUCAGCCAUGUUGGAUUGUGCGCAGUUGUGACUGGCUAUUCCAUAGCGGGCGCCUUCCUCUUCAGAGAACUGGAACAAAGGCAUAUUGUUCAGCAUUAUGAUCCCCUCACCAAACGCAACAGCUGCCUUACUGAUAUUUACAACAUCACAGAACGAACUGGAGGUCUCUUGGAUACCAGUCACUGGCGAUCCAUCCUCAAUUCCACCAUCUGGCAAGACGAAAUGGCGGAGCUGCUGGAGAAAUUCGAGAGAGAAUUGAAGGAGGCGGUCGAGGCUCAGCUGUACGACCAGGGCCCAGACGACCAGCGCGAGAGGUGGAACAUCAUCGGAUCUCUCUUCUACUGCUUCACCGUCAUCACUACCAUAGGAUAUGGCCACGUCUCGCCGCAAACGCUGGAGGGGAAGAUGGUGACGAUACUUUAUGCAAUAUUCGGGAUUCCUCUCAUGCUGCUCUGCCUAAGCAACAUUGGUGAUUCCAUGGCUACGUCUUUCAGGUUUAUGUAUAGACGUGUCUGCUGUGCUUGUUGCAAGAAGAAUGAGGAAGAAGACAGUGCAAAUGUCUCCAGAAACUUGCAAACUCCAAGCAGUUCAAAUGGUACAGCAGAACCUCUACCAUACACACCACCUCCCCAUUACAAACCAAAUCGCCGAAAUAUGCUCAUUUCUCCGCCGAUAUCAGCAACCAUUCAUAGAGGCUCUGAUAAUCCACUAAGACCACCAACAGAAAAUUCGGCACAGUCAACAUCAGCAUCAACAUCAUUACGUAUACCACGACCUUCAUAUGCACAUAUGAGUCUGCAAGAUUUAGAAGUUAACAGGGUUAUAGCUGAGUGUGCAGCAUAUACUAAAACAACAGUACCUGGAUUACUCGUGACCUCUGCAGAUUCUGCAGGUAAUGAAUGUCAUGAUUAUGACUUGCUGAUACCCCCAUUAAGGCCAUCCCCUUUAAGUACAUCUCACCAUACACCUGUUCCUUCGUCAGCCUCUUCACCUCUUGGUCGAGAUGCUUCUGAUGUUUGGUCAAUAAGAAGAGAAAAUGGAGGGCCUAAUAUUGCAAUUGAGGCACUAAUUGAACAAGUACCAUCUAACCAUUCUACACGACCAGGGUCACCAACACUGAUAGCUUCUGCACAUCAUGCCUCAAAUCAUUCCUUGGCUGGCAGUAGCAGUGGAAGCCGAGCUUGGCCUCGUCAAGAAUCUAACUCUUCUGUGGGUGGCUUGUUAUCUGUCUCUAGUGAAGAUGAAGAGCCUACUAUCAAGUAUUAUAAUAAACAAAGACCUCAGAGGUCUCUAGGUAAAACACUAGUUGUUUAUAACACCCUUUCUGGAGAUGCAUUACUAGAGCAAAGUAAAAUUGCAAGAAAAAUGGCUCUCAUGAAUAAAGGUGGUUUUGGUCCAAAACGCCAAGAAGUAACUACUGUUUUUACGGAUCCUAUAUCUGGCCAAGCAGUUGAUGGUGAUAUGCUUGGUUUGAACUACAGACCAAUCCCUCCUGACACUUCAGAUGCUGACAACAGGGUUCCAAUUCCUAUUGUUUUUGCUUUCCUUGUAUCCUACUUGGCCAUUGGUGCAUUACUAUUCUAUUGGUUAGAAGGGUGGACACUAACAGAUGCAUGCUACUUUUGCUUUAUCACCCUAUCUACAAUAGGUUUUGGCGACUUUGUUCCAGCUAAGUCAUUAGGCUUUGAAACUCAAGAGGCAAAGGUUAAACUAGUCACAGGAUCUUUAUAUCUUUUAUUUGGUUUAGCAGUUCUUGCUAUGUCUUUCAAUUUGGUACAAGAAGAGGUUGUAUUGAAGUGUAAAUCAUUUGCACACUGGAUAGGUCUAAUGAAAGAUUAGUCUCAAGUGCAAAGGAAAAGUUCUGACUUAUGAUUAUUUAUACUUCGAAAAGCAUGAAAAUGGAUUUGCAUUCUUCAAAAAAUAUUUCACCUCCUCAAAACCAUCUACUGUAUGACAAAACAGAUGUACAAAUAUUUUAAUUCAUAAUUUACUUGAUAACAAAGGCUGUGAUACAUUUUAUUAGAACUACCUUUACAGGUUGUUCUGAAUACAUCACACAAUGUAAAUGGUUAACUCUUUACACAGGUAUUUAAUUUCAUACCAAAGUGAUUUUUAUAUUGUUACAUUACUAACAAACCAAGAUGCACUCAAUUCUAACACAAUGUGAUAAGUUUUUGUUAAAUGUGAAUUUAGCAUCAAGAAAACAUUAUCUUGCUUUGUUGUUCAAGGACUUACCAAUACACAGGCAAUGCUUCCUUGCACUUUUAUGGAUAAGGAAAAACCUACCACAUAAUGAAAAGGAUAAAAUGUUUGCAGACAUGGGAUUCUCCAACAGGUGGUGCACUGGUAUAAAUGGUAUUAGUAUUUUUAGGAUUAAAGGGUUUAUAGCAAAAGAUGCUGCAGCACAGUAACAUACAAAAAUUUAUGAAGUCUUUACGCCAUCUAGAACUCAUCUUAAACUACUAGAGCUAAGGCUAUCAUAAAUCGCUGGUGAAUUCUAAUAACCUGUAUUUGCGGAUUAACCCAGCUAUUUCAAAUAUUUCAAUCACAUUCAAUCAAAGGAUACUGACUUUAUCAUGAACUGUAUAUCGAGCUCACAUUUUGAGCAUAAGUAAUUUAUACUAGCAACAAGGUAUGAAAAUUGACCUGUGAGUAUUCGUAAGAUUUAUAGCAAGAGAAACAGAGCGAGAUGCAAAACUGCAAUUGUUAUCCCUUUUGGAAGCUUUAAUUUAACUUUUAACUAAAUUGAUUACAAGAGCUAUUAAACCUGCAUUUUAAAGGAACAUGGAAUUAUCCACUGUUCUUUGUGGAGAGCUACUCUUUCUGAAGCUAAAACAUGUUAAGCAGCUCCUUAUUAUCAGUAGCUAUAACUGCAAUCUUAUUGAAAUUUGUAUACUAUAGCAGUUGAACACGUAUGCCAGCUCCAGCGACCUCGUCUACCUCACCAGGAAACAUUUCAUACUCUAUAGCCAGGCAUAUCAUGGCCAGUUUAAGGAUGAGGUCAAGACCAUGAAAAGGAUAACUGCCAACGGUACCACACCUACAUAUAACGAGUGUCUUUUCUUACUAGUCUACUGCUGCCCAAACCUGGUCAGCACCCUCCGUAGAGAGAUCUGAGAGUCAAUCAACAUGGUAUGAAAAUUUAAAUGUAACAAAGGGACACUUCAAGCCUUCAGAACUUGCUCCAUAAGUCACACCACUACCACUCUAUGAUAACAAUUGCUAGCCCACCGCAACCAAGGGCUAACACCCCAACAUUAUGUAGACACCCACAACUGUAAACCAAUAUUAGGAGAAUUAUUUUUAGGCACAGAGAUCAUGCAUAGAGAUGGCCAGUUCCAUAGACUGUAAAUAGCAGAAGCUGUAGAUAUAGAUCAACAAUGGCCUGCACUAAACAUACAAAGUAACAUGGACUUCAUUCUUCCUUCUCCAAGGAUAUCACAAGACAUCUGUGAGAAUCUGAGGGAAGAAACAAGUAACAAAAUACUCACUUAAUUAUGACAGAACAUACUAACAACGGUGCUAUUGGCCAGAGACAGAAAUCAUGGCCCCCUCUGUCACUUGCUGUGGCAUAGGGCAUGUCUUAAGAAGCACCAAUAGUGCCCUUGCCGCUGCACAGACUACGAUCAAGAGCAUAAUACCCACCGACCAAUUUAAAUUCAUCACUCCAGUGACAGCAUAUUUUACAUCUAAGGAUUAGCUGUUAAGUCAGCAUGGCAUAAUAAAAAAUUUUAUGUCAAUUUGUAAUUUAGUUCUAAAGGCACCUCCAAUAGCCAAGGAAACUGUCCAAUGCAAUAAGAAGUAAAUGGAUGCAAAUGUUGGAAAUUCUUAUUUAUUUUGGAGAAGCUUACCUGAUGACAAAAUGUGGUAGUAUAGACUGAUUCAAAGUCUAAACAGAACGAUAAUUUCUGCAAAUAAUGCCAUUGACUUCAAUAGGGACUGCAUAAGUGAAAAUAUGCCCAGAUAUAAUUGUGCUUAUCUGUUUACCCAAUAUUUCACCCAAUGACAUAACAUUGUCUAAGUUGACUAUGAUUAUGUUUUUUGGACAAGCAAGGAUUAAUAAAUUUUCAUAUGCCAUACCAUAUAAGAAUAACUCAUAGAGAGAAAGAGAAAGGCAAACAAACAAUGUCAAGUGCGCGAUGUUGUUUACCUCAACAUUAUACAUAAGUGUACAUAUACAGGGGCACACACAUUAUGACACAACACAGAUGGGCAGUUUAUACCAAUGUAUUAUUUCAAUCUGUUCAACUUCAGAAAAGCCUAUUUAAUAAUAAAAUAAUUUUGUACGUAAAUUGAAGCCCUCAUAAAUGAAUUUUCAGCAUUAGUUUUCCAUAAGAGGCAGGAAGUUGGAAGAAAGUGAGAAGGGGUGUGUCACACACAAUUCUAUGAUAUAUUUUUCUCAGUUGUUCAGAAGCAAUGAACAAAACAAGGCAUAAUGACUGUUGAUUUCAAGCCAAUAACAAUCACAAAAGCUUGCACGCACAUUAAGGCCACCCAACCCUCCUCAAUCAGCUCUCACAGCCUUUCUACCCAGUAAGCACUUAACCCACUCAACAUAAAAGGAGAUGCUGGGUGUGGCCCUACUAACAAAGAGGAGAGGAGAAAGGUCACUACAACAACUUGAUGAAAGAAUUGGCAAUUGAAACUUCAGGACUAUGCCAGAACUUUACCAGGAUUACAGAGGAGCUUUUCAAUGAAAUUGUUGAAAAGGUCUCGCCCUACAUACACUAAGAAAAUCCUCACAUUCUGGAGAAGACCCAUUGAGCCAGGCAUGCGUGUUGCAAUUACCCUUCGUUUCCUUGCAACUGGAGAAUCCAAGAAGAACCUGUCCAUCCAAUUCUGAGUAGCUUCCAAUACAAUCUGCGGUAUUGUGCCUGAAACUUGUAGGACCUUAGUGACUGCGUAUGGAGAUGAGGUGAUGCAGUUACCCACGACCCCACACCAAAGAAAGGAAGUAGCAUGUGGGUUUGAAGAUCGCUGGAAUUUCCCACACACCCUUGGAGCAGUAGAUGGGAAACACAUCAGAAUCCAGAACCCACUGCAAAGAGGAACUUAUUACUUCAACCAUAGGAAAUUCUACUUGGAGUUGUUGACGCUGAAUACAAGUUCCUAUACGUCGAUGUAGUAGGUACCAUAGGAUCCGAGUCUGAUGGUGGUGUCUUUGCCAAGAUACAGCUCUGCCAAAUGCUUGAUCAGAAGAAAGCCAAUCUGCCUGCCCCUGAAAGAUUGCCAAACGAAACUGAAGAUUAACCCCAGUCCCUCAUUUCUUCAUUGGAGAUGAAACCUUCGCUCUGAAGAAUUAUAUGAUGAAACCAUACCCUGCACGAAAUCUGACAACACAUGAGCCCAUCUAUAAUUAUCGACUGAGCAGGGCAAGACGUACAGUGGAGAAUGCCAUUGGCAUACUAGCAAACAGAUUCAGAGUGUUUCACAUCCCUAUACAUCUUCGCCAUGACCGUAUCGAGCCCGUGGUGUUGGCCGCUUGUGUGUUGCACAACUCAAUUUUGAUAAAAAACUAAACUCCUAAUACCACGAAUGAGGCAGAUCAAGAAGACUGUGACACCUGAGGCCCUCCCUACCUGGUCCCUGGACUGGAGGUGUGACGAAGCUUUAUUACAGAGCCUGACUCGCCCAGGCCGUCCGAGGGGAACCAUGGCUUGCAAGGCUCAACGACAUCACCUUUGCGAUGAGUCAACUCCCCUGCAGACUCAGUUGAUUGGAGAGAUUCAAUGAUAUAAAACAAGGAAGCAAUAGAACAUUCCUGUACAUACUUUCAUAAAUUAAAUUGAAAUAACUUUGUAAAUAUCAAAAUAAAUGUUGACAUUCUGAAAUAUUUAUAUUAUUACC